CUCCACUUUCCUACACCAACUACCGCCCAGUCGCAAAUUCUUCGACAAACAAGUCCCACUAAUCGCAUACGAGAUGUAACAAUGGCAUCCGAAAAGAAAAUCGUGGAAUUCCCAGACGUUGAAAACAAGCUGCAAGCACCAACGAAGAAAUCACUCUUCGAGCGCCAGAAGGCAGAAGCAGAAGCCAAACGCCUUCGGGAAGAAGCAGAAACUAAGGCCGUCUACGAAGAUUUUGUCAAAAGUUUCGAUGACGAAGACGAGGCUCCUGUGAAGUCGGGCUUUGGAGGCAAUGAGGGACCGAGAUAUGGAGGAUUCAGUGGUGCGCCGCCAAAACGACAUUUUAACAAUGGACCUCCGAGUGGACCUGUGGGUGGGAGAGGAUUUGGUACGCCUGGAGAUAGGGAUCGAAGAGGUGUUGGGAGUGGGCCAGGAAGCUUAGGACCGCCUCCGCAGAGCUUGAAUAAGAAGAGAACGUUUGAUGGGUUUCAGCAGGGUUCGAGGAAUAAUGAUCGAGGAUUGUUAGCUUUCGACGACUACGAUCAUGACGAGAGACCUUCGAAGCGACCGCUCAACCUGUCCGACGACGAAGAUGAAAGGGCAGGCAGUGGAGGGAGGGAGGAGGAUAGAGCAGUUGCGAAACCUACGUUGAGACUUGCUUCACUCCCGCCAGGAACUUCGCCUGCUGUUAUCAAGGCUCUCCUUCCUAGUAAUUUGACAGUCGAUGCAGUCAGGAUAUUACCACCCUCUGGACCAGGCGUAUACAUGGAGCGAAAGAGCAUGUCUGCGAUUGUUACUUUAGCAAAAGAUACAGCUGGGAAUGACAUCGAUGCCACAGUCAAUAGUCUACAGAAUAAGUACCUUGGAUAUGGAUACUAUCUAAACCUCCAUCGACAUUUGUCUUCGGCAGCUAUAUCGAGUUCUGCUUCAGUUCCAGCUCUUGGCACAUCCAUGGCUUCUCAGCCUUUUGGAGCAAAGGCGGUUGAUCUAGCUCCAGCAGGCAGAGGCCACGCUCCACCAGUUCAUCAGAGAGAAUUCGCCCCGCCAACCUCGUAUGCGCCAUCAGGACCAGGACAGCUGCCUCGAGGCGGUCAAUUGCUACAAGUUCCCGUCCAAGCACCACGAGAUAUCAAAGAAUUGAAGCUAAUUCAUAAAGUUAUCGAAUCAUUACUUACCCACGGCCCUGAAUUCGAAGCCCUACUCAUGAGUAGACCCGACGUCCAACGUGAAGAGAAGUGGGCUUGGCUCUGGGAUCCCAGAAGUACAGGUGGUGUAUGGUACCGAUGGCGCUUAUGGGAAGUACUCACUGGAUCCUCAACUCAGAGAGGAAAGGGCAAAUAUUUGCCAUUAUUUGAAGGCUCGUCAGCCUGGAAAUCUCCGGAUCAACCAUUAACCUACGAGUACACAACCCGUCUCGACGAGUUUGUCUCAGAUUCCGAAUACAACUCAUCAGAUGACGAAGACUCCGGAGACGAGGGAGCUCGACGACAGAAUCAAGCCGGAGGACCACCAGAUCCAAACGCCUUGGCAGAUGACGGAAAGGCCUAUCUCAAUCCGCUCAAGAAAGCAAAACUUACACACCUUCUCGCACGUCUACCAACAAGCACAGGCCAACUUCGGAAAGGAGACGUAGCUCGCGUUACUGCGUUUGCAAUAUCUCACGCCGGACGAGGAGCAGACGAAGUAGUCGCCAUGAUAAUCUCCAACAUCGAAAAGCCAUUUGCCUACACAUCCGCCAACCCAGACCGCCGGAAAGAAAAAGACACGAGUGGCGACGACGCAGCCGAAGACGAAGACGAAGACACCAGUUCCGCAAGUCUCAUCGGCGUCUACCUCAUCUCCGACAUCCUGUCAUCUUCAUCCACAAGUGGAGUCCGACACGCCUGGCGGUACCGGCAACUCUUCGAAACCGCACUGAAGCAAAAACACGUCUUCGAAAACCUCGGAAGAAUGGAGCGAAGAAUGAACUGGGGCCGUCUCCGAGCCGAGAAAUGGAAAAGAAGUGUAGCGAACAUCUUAAGCUUAUGGGAAGGCUGGUGUGUAUUCCCGCAAGAAAGCCAAGAGUGGUUUGUCAACGUAUUCAACAACCCACCUCUCACAGCCGAAGAGGAAAACGACGCAAAGAAGAAAGAAGAGGAGGAGGAGCGAGAAAAGGAAAAGAGCAAGAGUCGAUGGAAAGCCGUUGAGGCGCAACAAGAAGAGGCUGCGAUCGAGGAAGAAGAUGUAGAUGGUGAGCCUAUGGCUGAAGAUGAAGAUGUUGAUGGUGAGCCGAUGGUUGAGGAUGAGGAUAUAGAUGGUGAACCAAUGAUGGAAGACGAGGAUAUGGACGGGGAGCCUAUGAAAGAGGAUUCUCAGCCCGCGUCGCCGCAAUUGGACAGACCUGUAUCUGAAGAAAAGACACCUGCUAAAGUGGAUAGUAUGCCUGCUGGUGCAGCGAGGAGAAGACCACGGGCCGUGGAUAUGUUUGCUGAUUCUGAUGAUGAAGAAACCUGAAGUCUUUCUAGGUCGAAAAUAUAACAUAAUACCCAG